GGAAGCUCCCGACGCCGCCGAGCCAUAGACUGCUCCUGGGGUGGGGCUGCGCGGAUGAGCGCCCAUGAGAGUGUGACAGGCUCUUGCCUCCAGAAUAUGAUGGCCAGUCACCUUGUAAAACCUGAUACUAGAAAUUGCAAAAGACCAAGAGAGUUGGAGCCUCAAAUGCCAGAUAGUCCACAACUGUCCUCUCUUGGAAAAUCAGAUUCUUCUUUCUCUGAAAGCUCUGGACUGUUUUAUAAAGAUGAAGCCCUGGAGAAAGAUUUGAAUGAUAUGAGCAAGGAAAUUAAUCUAAUGUUGUCUACAUAUGCAAAGAUCUUAAGUGAGAGAGCAGCAGUAGAUGCAUCGUAUAUUGACGAGAUAGAUGGACUCUUCAAAGAAGCCAAUACUAUUGAAAACUUUCUAAUACAGAAAAGAGAGCUCCUGAGACAGAGGUUUACAGUGAUUGCAAACACACUACACAGAUAAAAUUGUGUACUUAAAAUAAGCUGAGAAUUUAAACCCAUUAUUGUUGUAAUGAAAGAAUGACAUUUGUGCUCUGAAUGCUCUCCAGUUGUUAAGAAAAUGUAUACCUUAAACAUAGAAGGGGAAACUCCUUAAAUUUCUUUUCUCGAUUUAAAAGGGGCAUUAAGCUGGACAUUAAUAUGAUACAUAGCUUUUCUUUUGAGAGUCAAAUAUUUGGCAUAUUUUAUAAAAGUGUAAACUAUUUAAAUUGUAUGUGGAUCCUCUUCUUUUUUUU